UCUGGACCUGAGGAUAUGAGAGGCUCCAGGAGGUGAUGAUGGAGCUCCAGGAGUUGAGCUGGAUGUGUAUGGUGGCUCUCUUCCUGGCCUCCUUGCUCAUAGUGCUAGGAUGGCUGCUCCAGUACUCGCUGACUGUAUUGCGGCUCUGGAAAUCCAGGAAGACAGCCAAGCAAGGUGGCCGAGAGACAACCUGGCUGCAGAAGCAGCAGCAGCAGCAGCAGCAGCAUGUCUUCUUCACUCUGCCCCAACAGAUUCAGGCUGAAGGCAUAUGGGGGUUCCUGCAGAGGAAGCUGCACUCUGGCAAGGAUGGAGGGACUGCAUCUGAGGCCGGGGUUAAAGGGCUGCUGACAUCUCUGUUCUCCUUCAGGUCCUUCAAGGAGCACUGGCAAAGAACCUGGGUGAAGGCUUUGAAUGAGCAAGCAUGUAGGCAUGGGAGUUCCCUCCAGAUAACUUUUGACAGCAGCCUCCAGUUAACCGCUGGCUCUGCAAUAGAUAGCGUGACCUGCACCGACCAGUCAGCGACCAAAAUGGUUUUACACUGUAAAUGCUGGGUAGACACACUGAUGUUUCCUGUGACUGUGACCCAGCAGUCACCCGCUGCUGUUUCCAUGGAUACCUAUCAGAUCACCACUGUACCUAUGAUGGCUAAGGUGGAAGUGUCCCUGGAGGAAGUGGAGGAUGAGGGCUUGCUGAUAUCUUGGACUCUUUCCAAGCAGCCAUCAUUUUCUCUGACUGUGUCCCCUUGUAAACUGCACAGACAGGGAUCUGAGGCUGGAGCAGACCUGGACAUGAUCAAAGGAAUGGUUGAGGACACUCUCUUUGGUGCCCAGCCAGCGAUGGUCCUCAACCUCAAGGCUUUUAUGUCUCCUUGUCUGUCCCCAAAGGACCACCUCUCAGUGGGAGCCACAUCCACAUCCCAUGGAUUCUUAGUGAGACGGCUCCUCCUCCAGCAGCUCAGGGUGACCUUAAAUAAAGGCCUGUGGUCCAGAUCAGGGGAGCUCUGUUGUGUCCUGAGUCUAGACCAACCCUCAGCUGAGAGGAGGACCUACUUUCUGCCUGUUUCGAGCAACCCCAAUGCUGCACUGGAAUGGAGUGAAGAAAUUACGCUGGAACUGGGCCUGGAAACCAAAGAGCUCAGGAUCAGGCUUUUGGAGCGGAGCGGCACAAGGGAACAAUUUCUUCCGGGUCACGCCUCCAUCUCCCUGAACCUUCAGUCUAAAAUCCCAACUGGACAACAUGUUUUGUCUCUAUGCCCUGGCCCUGGUUUAGCACCAGACGCUACCAUCACCACAGAGCUGCUGUAUGUAGAAACUGAGGAACCUCGCAGUUCCCAGAAUGCUUUGCCAAUUCGUUCCUCUUUGACCCCCACAAAGAAGGUCGAUGUGGAUCGAACAGUCAUGCCAGAUGGCACCAUUGUCACCACCGUCACCACCGUCCAGUCACGAAUGAAGCUUGAUCGCACCCCAGGUGAUUCCCCGCUGUGUUCACCAGCCAAAGUCGAGGUGAACAAAAAGAAAGCAGCUGUGUUGGCUGAUGAGAGAGGCAGCAGCAGCCUCAAUCCGAGCAAAAGCAACCGCCUGUCUAAUGGCAUGGAUCCUGUUGCAGAGACAGCCAUUCGGCAGCUGACAGAGUCUGCGUCCAAAUCAGCAUGGAAGACGCCAACAAAAAGGAGCACACUAAUCAUCUCCGGCGUGUCAAAGGUUCAUCUCACUGAGGACAACUGUGCACUGUCAACUGGCUACGCGGCCGCCAUGGAUGCGGCCAUGCAUGGCAACCACUUCCGGGCGGGGCAUCACCAGGACCCGGAUGAAACCACACCUUCUGAUGUGUCGGAGCGCCCCUCUGUGGAAGAUGUGGAGUCCGAUACUGGUUCCGCUAGUGCCUUGGAGACCCGCAGCUUGAAGGACCAUAAGGUGGGCUUCCUCCAGAGCGGCUCCAAGCUGUUGUUCCGCAGAAGGCACAGAGAGAAGGAGCCCUGCCUCAGCCAGUCCCAUGAGGACAUCUCCAACAUGGGCAAUAACUUUGCCGCCCCGGCCGAAGGCACCAGCCGCAAAAAGUCCGGCAGCAUCUCCCGACGCAUCAUCAAACGCUUCUCUUUGCGCUCGUCCGGCAAAUCGAAAGGCAAGGCAGCUGCUACCAACGGAGGGGCGACCUCUCUGGAUAAUUGAUUAUUAUUAGUGAUAAUUAAUGGGUCUGUGGUCAAUCUUUGACAAGCUGACAAUCCAAGUGGGUUACAACCUGCACUUUUUGAAGAGAGGAUAAUUGUGGAAGGAAACCUCUCUAAAGUGAAUCUAAUACUCCUUCAGUACAAACAAAUCAUGAUAGUAAUCUGGAAUGGGAUGCUGAACUCUGUUUUCUUAAGGAUAGGUUGCACCUCAGUGAGAAGAAAGGAAUCGCUUCAGUGGAUUUUUUUAGCCCUAUUUAAACGCGAACUACAGUGUUUGAUUGAGAUUGGUGGGAAUGCUCUAAAACCAUACAAUUGUGUAAAAACGCCGGUGUGACGCUACUGGAUGCACUUUGGACUGAGAUUUUCAAUUUUUUACAGCACAUGUCAAAUUUUAAACGUUGUAAAAGAUAAUUUAUUAUUAUGUGUGACUUAUGAAAUGUGCUAUUUAUUUUAUUCUGCAAAAAAAGAAUUCUAGUUGCAUUACUUUGUAAAACAGUGACACAGGUGUGCUUUCCUAUGCAAUUUUCAUUUUAAAUACAACUUACCAGAAAUCUGUCUAAGUUGAACUGUAUCUACUUAAUAUAUUGUGUUUCAUGUUUUAUCUUAUAGCCUAAAUCAGAGAAGAUACAUUAUUUAUAGUAAUUUUGUGUUAAGGAGUUGUUUUCUGUGGGAUAUAUACUUUAGAUGUGUUUUUCGAAGGUUCAGACAAAUCUUUUAUGCUGGAGAAUGCUGGAGAAUAUUUUUAUCAACAGAUGAGUAAAAAAAUCACCAUGGUCAGGUACUGGUGUAAAUAUUUUUACUACAUGGGUUAAAUGCCUCUCAACAAAAAAACUACUUACAAAAAAUCCAGAUCAGUUCAUUAUCACACUGUUGCCAGUCUGGAAUUUUUAAAUUCUCAUUGGCAUUAUUAAUGUAGAGCUUUUAAUGAUGCACUUAGAGUUAUUUUUCAGGGUGGGAUAAUCAUACUUCAAACAACUUUAAUGAAUUGUAAUUAAAUAGUUAAAAACUUUGUGUUCAAUGCUGUGUUUUUUCUAAUCCACAGAAUAUCAAAAUUAUCCAUACAUGUAUGUACCUCCAAUAGUAUUUGGAUAAAUGCCAUUUAGCAAAUUGCACCUUGAUGGCACACUUUUUGUAGGUUCUGUAGGUUCAGGGUUUGGGUUUUAGUAGAUAUCUGACCAGGUCUCUCCGCUGGAUUGCAAGAGCUCUCUCUAGUUCUAUGUUAAAUUGGUUGUUUUGUUUGGUACAGACCUGACUUUUAAACAUGGUCCAUUCAUUUUCUAUAAGGUUCAUGUUGGGACGACUCCAGAAGCUUUAUAGUUACCUUGCGUCAUCCAUGCAGUUCUGCGUUUUAACCAUCUAGCUGCUGAUUUGAGAUAAAAUUGAGGUACCAACCAAACAUCAACCAGCAGAUAGCUCAGUUUUUUUUCUUUAAUUGUGAAACUUUUCUCCAGGAAGCACUUGGCUUCUCAAUGAAAAAGCAGUGAAUUUCAGCCGUGCUUGAAAAUGUCCAUUUUAAAGAAGAGGCUUCUUUUUUUGUCAGCAUGCUCUCUUGGUCCAUGAUACUUUUGCUGUGGACAGCUUUUGACAGGUCCAUGGAUUGUGUUUGAACAUCCUAAACAUUUUUAUUUUUUCAUUUGAGGUAACAGUUUUGGUCAGGUUGUUGAAUCUAGGGUACAAUUAGGUGUUCGAACAGGACAAUGAUCCAAAACACACUUCAAAAUUGGUUUGCCAGUUAACAUUACGCUUCUGGGAUGCUCCCAACUUCAACCAUGUUGAAAAUUAUUGAAAUAUGAGUAAAAUAAAUGUAUGUGGCAGAAUUAUGCCAGAAGCUUUUUGAUGGCUACAAAAAAUGAGGUGGUAUCAUUUAAUCAAAUAUUAAUGAAGCUCUAUGUAUAAAUCUGAGCCCUAAUUUUGUCCGUGUGGAUUAGAGAAAUUCUACAAUUUUUAAUUUAUGCCCUGUUCUUGUUUUGAAAUGUCAUUGAACCUGGCUGUUGUAUCGUUCCAUCCGGAAAAAAAGCAUGCAUCAAAUUAAUUGUUAUAUGAUUCAAAUAACUUUUACUGCUGAUGAUAAGUGUAUAUAAAAUUUAGAGAUGCACUGUAGAUCAAACACAGCAAGAUCUAAGCUUGGACUGUCUCAUUGAAGGGUUCAGAGACGCUCAGCUCAGUCAAAGUGAACCAAGUUCGGAAUAUGACUGUGGAGUGGAGGGACUGCACUCAGGGCUGGAAAUUCAAUUAUUAGUAACUGUACAGUAGCAUACGAGGAAAACUACUGCACCCAUCAAAGGCUUAUAGAAUCAACGUGUGAAACUGUACAUAUUUUCAGCUGUUUGUGGGAAAAUCUUUAAAAUGACUGCAAUCGUUUUGGGAUGACAGAAGAACCAAAUUAAAUGCUUCAGUCUUCAGGGUUUUUUCUCAUACGUCGGAAGAGAUGUUAAGGUAUUCCAAAGGUGGAGCUGCUGCUUUCUGAAAAAUAUGCUGUAAAAAAACACUACAACUAAAUUCCUUUAGAACAGAAAAAAGCCACUUCCUUGUCUCAAGGCACUCUGCCAUACUGUAUAUAUAAAUGUGACUUUUAUGUAAAACAGUGGGUGCAAAUUUUAGGAUACAUAUGAACUCUAUCAUACUCAAAAAAUCUAAUUUGUUGCAAAUAAAUUAUUUUUCAAACAUCAA